AUGAAUGUCAAAUCAGGAUGUCAUGGUUUGUUUGUUGAUAUCAAUGAUACUCUUUAUUGUUCGAUGAAACAUUCUCAUCAAGUAGUGAAAAGAUCAUUAAAUGAUUCUGUGAUGAAUUCAAAUCGUGUUGCUGCUGGAACAGGUAAUUUUGGAUCAGCCUCGAAUGAACUCAGAAGCCCUCUUGGAAUUUUUAUCGAUAUAAAUUUGAAUUUAUAUAUGGCUGAUUAUGAAAAUCAUCGAGUUCAGUUAUUCCAGUCAGAAGAAUCAAAUGGCAUCACAGUAGCUGGAAGUAAAUCACUAAAUCCAACAAUUAAACUUAACUGUCCAAGUGGAAUUAUAUUAGAUGCUGAGAAAUAUUUAUUCAUUGUGGAUACUGGCAAUAAUCGCAUUGUUGGUUCGGGCUUGUAUGGUUUUCGAUGUUUAGUUGGGUGUUAUGGACGAGGUUCACAAUCCAAUCAGUUGGAUAAUCCAGUUAGUUUGAGUUUCGAUCAUUCCGGAAACAUGUUUGUUACUGAUCUAGUAAACUCUCGAAUUCAAAAAUUUUUAUUGAUGAAAGAUUCUUUUGCUCUUUCAUUCAAUCAACCAAAGUUUUGUUCAAAAGCCAAGUGGUUUUCCAAUGGAACUAUCUUUGCUAAUCGAUCAAUUGUUGGUGAAGAUCCUAGCGCCAUUUUUGCGAGUACAAACAACACAAUUUAUAUUGCUAAUCGAGAGAAUAACACAAUUCUAAUAUGGCAUGAAGAGAGUGUCAAUCCAACAAAGAUCAUUCACGGUAAUUUUACAGCACCCACUUCUCUCUUCGUUACACCAAAUGAUGAUAUUUAUAUUGAUGAUGGUGAGAAGAAUGGUCAAGUGCAGAAAUGGGCAACAAAAACAAAUACCUUUACCACGGUGAUGAAUGUCAACUCAUCAUGUAAUGGUUUGUUUGUCGAUAUCAAUGAUACUCUUUACUGUUCGAUGUCUGAUCAUCAUCAAGUAGUGAAAAGAUCAUUACGUGAUUCUGUGAUAGCUUCAAAUCGUGUUGCUGCUGGAACAGGUAGUACAGGGGCAGGCUUGAAUCAACUCAAUGGUCCUCGUGGAAUUUUCGUGGAUGUGAAUUUGGACUUAUAUGUGGCAGAUUGUUAUAAUAGUCGAGUUCAGUUGUUCCAGUCAGGACAGUCAAAUGGCAUCGUAGUAGCUGGAGGUGGAUCAUGGCCUCCAACAAUUACACUUUUUUGUCCCAGUGGAAUUAUAUUAGAUGCUGAGAAAUAUUUAUUCAUUGUGGAUUACAACAAUCAUCGAAUUAUUGGUUCAGGCUUGAAUGGUUUUCGAUGUUUAGUUGGAUGUUAUGCAAAGGACCCAGAAUCCAAUCAAUUGAACUAUCCAUCUAGUUUUGGUUUUGAUCGCUCUGGAAACAUGCUUGUUACUGAUUUAUUUAAUGAUCGAAUUCAACAAUUUAAUUUUGUAAAAAAAUCUUGUGUGAAGGUGAUCGAAACUGGUUACUACACUUUUCGUAGUAGUGGUAACAUCGAUUCAUAUGGAUCUAUUUACAAAAACAAGUUUAAUCCACUUGAUCCAUCCGAUAACUUACUUAAAACAGAUGACGAUGAUGGUUCCGAUAUUCAGUUCAAACUUGAUGUUCAUCUUGAUGCUCACAUGUUAUAUGUAUUGGUUAUGACAACAUAUGAAUCAAAAGAAACUGGAGAAUUUUCGAUCAUUGUGGCGGGUAAAAAGAAAGUUAUUCUCGAGCGUCUUAGUACUCCAGUAAAUAUUCAAUUAGUGUAUUCGUCAAAAUUAACUGAUGAUAAUCCAAGAUAUUAUCGUGAUUGUCAAGUACCGCAAUGUCAUUAUGAAACAUUACAAAUUCAUGUCAAUACAACGGGUUUGUAUGUUCUUUGGAGUAAAAGUAAUAUUAAUACAUAUGGAUAUAUCUACAAAAAUGAUUUCAAUCCUCUAAAACCAUCUGAAAAUUUACUCCUGUCACAUGAUGGUGAAUGUAAUGAUGGACACUUCAAAUUAAUCAUCGAUCUCACGAUCAACACUCGAUACAUAUUAGUUGUGACAACACAAAAACCUAAGAUAAUUGGGGACUUUUCUGUUUUUAUUUCUGGACCAGCCAAUGUCAGUCUUAGUCCUUUUAGUCCAGAACUAAGUAGUUGUGUCAUCGGUGAUCAGUGUAACUUUUAUCUCAAAGGAAUUGGUUUGACUCUUGAUGAUAUUUUACGCGAUGAACUUAUACCGAACACAGUGUUGAAUAAUCAAUCAUUUUCGAUUAAAUUAAGUGCAGGCUUAACAAUAAUUAUGUUUGUUGCAGGAUUAAUCAAUAGUAUUCUUUCUUUUAUUACAUUUCAACAUAAAGAUUCUCAACAGGUUGGAUGUGGAAUGUAUCUAUUGGCAUCAUCGAUUACUUCUCUUUUGGCAAUUAGUAUGUUCAUAAUUAAGUUUUGGUUUGUUGUUCUUACUCAUAUCAAUGCGUCCACUAGUCUCUCUAUUCUUCGUGGAGGAUGUUCAUCUAUUGAACCAAUUCUAAAACUUUUUCUCUACUUAGAUGGUUGGCUUAAUGCUUGUGUAGCAGUUGAACGAGCAGUACUUAUUUUUAAAGGAGUAAAAUUUGAUAAAAAAAAGAGCAAAUCUAUUGCUCGACGAACAAUUAUUAUUUUACCAUUCUGUAUUUUUGGUACUCUUAUUCACGAGUUUGUAUAUCGUCAACUGUUCGUCUAUGAAACAGGACUGGAUAAGAUAAAUACUAAUAAGACAAGUGUAGACACAAUCAAGCGACAUGUAUCAUGUAUCACUCGUUAUUCUCCUUCAGUCCAAGAUUACAAUACAGCCGUUCUUUUUUUUUAUCUUGUUGGUCCAUUUAUUGUCAAUCUUUGCUCUGCGUUGUUCAUUAUCUUUGGAGGUGCUCAACAACGAUCAAUGGCACGAACUAAUCAAAAUUUUAAAGAACAUGUUCAAGAACAAUUUCGUGAACAUAAACAAUUGAUCAUUAGUCCAAUAGUUUUACUUAUUCUAUCAAUACCUCGUCUCAUCAUUUCACUACUUCCUGGUUGUGUGAAAACAUCUGAAAACUUGUGGUUGUAUCUUGGACCAUAUUUCAUUUCACUUACUCCUUCGAUGCUAAUUUUUCUUAUCUUUGUCUUUCCUUCAGAAUUGUAUAUGAAAGCGUUUAAACAGUCAUUCAUUCGUAUUCGAAGACGCACUCCUUCUUAA